AUGGGAGAAGAACGGGACGAGCCGCGUUCGGAGACCGACAGCCGCCACGACGAACUGCCCAUCAGUCCGUGCGACAGUGCGUGCUCAUCGCCGGCGUCGUCCAUCGCCGCCACUCCGUCGCCUUGCAACUCAACCACCAGCGAGGACUCUGUUUUCACUCCGCACUGCCGCCGCGACCGGUUACGUCAGCGUCGGAAUCUCCGGCGACACGAUCCGAACCGUCGUCCGUCUCCGACGCCGUCCGUCAACUCAGACACGAGCGACGCCGUUUUGCUUUUUGACGACCCUUCGGUGCCUGCCCCGCCGGAAGCGUCCUCUGUCGACGCAGCGAGUAAUAAAAGCUUGCUUUUUGACGCUGUCCGGCGCGGAGAUGUCGCUGACGUCGCCGCCGUGUUACUCCGGUUACAAAACGCUGGGAAACCCGGGUUCGCUCACCGAGGUGUCGCCUUCGUCGCUGUCAACUCGUUGGACCAUCACGGGCAAACCCCGUUGCAUGCGGGCUGUUUGCUGGGCAACCUGGAUGUGGUGAAGUUGUUGGUGCGAUACGGAGCGGAUGUUUGGCUAGCUAAUCGGGACGGUUGGUCGCCGUUGCACUUGGCGACGUUUUCGGGCAACUACGACCUGGUAUCCUUCCUGGUGUCGGCGAUGAACAGGGGGAAUCGACGCGUUUACUCUGCAGUGUCACCCGAGCCAGCUGUGUCGAGUCCGUCCGAGCUUUGCUAGUGUCUUCGGCCGUUUGUUUUUUUCCCUUUCUUAUCCCUCUCCACUCUUAUCUAGUGUACACAACAAGCGAAUUCAUUGUCUCUUUUUCGAAGGCGGGAAGCGAAGCGAGUUUUAAAGGGAUUGUUGCAAACGAUGUUUAAAAAAGCACAGGAGAACUCCGAUUAUCGUUUAAAGAAAACUUAUUGGUGUGUGAUGUACAAGUUUUGAUGAUGGAUUAAGGCCGAGUUAUACAGAGUUUCCUCGUUUUUUAAAACUUCAAAGAAGAGCUUCAACUAGAAAGAUAGGAUGCUAUUAACAAUCACUGAGCGAAUCUGGAUACCUUUAAAUUUUCCUUAAUGAAUUUCUAUGAAUAAAUAUAUGCUCAAUAUGAGGUAACAUGAAAUUUUAUUUAAAGAGAAGAUUUUUAAAAAGUUGAUCAACAUCGUCGACCGAAAUAAGCUUUCAUUUUUCGUAGAGAUUCCUUACAAAUUCAAAUUGAAGGAAGAUCGCUUUUUGCUAUUGUUAAUUCAAUCCGAAGCGAGUUUCACUAACCGAGAUAGUCAAUUGUGCGAGAAAUUCACUGGCAAGGGAUUAUCAGUGUAAGCAGUCAUCAUCGAUAAUUUAAAUACCGUACACUUGUUCAAGACGGUUUCUGAAACGAAAUUUCGGCAGAUAAAAAUUGGCACGCACCUCAAUUUUUAUGAUGAAAAAAUGCAUACUUGUUCCGUUCAGAAAUUAAUUUUUAAUGAGCUCAGGAACAGGAAGAUGAGCAAAAUCAUUCAAAUUAUCAUGGGAACUAUCGAAAAGGUACAAUAAUUUUUCACGCCUUAUUUUAAAAACAGUUGGAUCAUUCACGUGGAUGUCGGAACUAUUUGUAUACUAGUGGAAAAAUUAAUAAAUAUUUAAUUUAAAGGGUGGAAAUGCUUGGGAUAAUUGGAGUUCUACUGUACUCAAAAGUACGGGGAUUGUUCCAUUUUCGUGUCGGCAAUUCUUCAGAAGUUCUAGAUUAUUCUCGUUGUUGCGAUGAUUAUAGAUAUAUUUUUUUGAGAGCUGAUAGGAAAAAAUGAGGCAGGUUAUGUUUGAGAAUGUAAAGACGAAUGAGCAUUCAAAAAAUUAUCUUUUAAAUAAAAGUCAAUUUAAAACCUUGACAGCUGGAUUCUCGAAAUUGAACCACGCGGUAUUUGAAACACUUGCCGUGUAGUCUCCUAAAAGAACGCUUCAGAAGUAAAGAAAUGUUCGACACUGGAAAAUUUUUGUAACACUUCAGGGGUUUAUGUUUUGAAUUUGGAAAUAGUUGAAGUUACGCAUAAAAUUUGUCCUAAUGUCUUUUGAUUUUUAUCCGUUUUCCUGCACAUUAUUUAACGUUGGAAAAAUUCGGCUGUUUCGAAAGGAAUUCGUUUCAUUCUGCCGAAAUUUCGUAAGCCGAUCUGAACCGCGGAAAUGGAACAACCCUUGUAUUUUUUUGUUUUGUUUUACAAAAUUUAAACUCAAAAUGUGCAAUAGUUACCAGGUAACGAUCCAGAAGUACGAUUACCUCGGAGUACCCGUUGAAGUGUAACGGCUGCGAAAGGUUUGUCUCUCGAUUCCAUUGCAAAAAACCUUUUCUGUCUUUUUUGUCUUCGAAUUUAAUUAAUGCUAGGUUUGCAACAUUGAUUUGUAGAAAUGCUUGCAACUGUUUUAUUUUAUUUUAUUUUUUCGAGUACGGAUUGUUGAGCUAAUGUCGCCAGUUUGAGGCGGCUGUGGAAAGGCUGUGAUGCGUCGCUUCACGCUAGCUGUAAACGUCUUUGAUGGAAAUAGUUGAAUUUUUUUUUUCCUUGAGAAAGUGGUUUUUUGUACUGUUGAUGGAAAAAUACGGGGAGAAUGAAGUUGUUGGAAUCACGUGUGGAAAA